AUGGCUCAGCCUCCUCCUCCAGCAAAGACUGCUCAGGAAUCGGUGUCGGAUGGAGAAGCAGUACAAGAAGGAUAUGCUUAUACAGAUGGCAAGGUUGCAACUUCUGGUGAAGCUAUUCAUGUUAUGGAGAUUCCUGUCAUUGACCUUGGCCUUCUUGCGUCUUCACCAUCAGCUGCAGGGGAAUUGUUUAAACUCCGUUCGGCUCUCACUUCGUGGGGAUGUUUCCUGGCAAUAAAUCAUGGAAUGAGCGGCUCUUUUCUAAGUAAAGUGCGUGAGCUCAUGGGGCAAUUCUUUGCCCUUCGAAUGGAAGAGAAGCAGAAAUAUGCUAGCCCUGCAGAUGACAUGGAAGGGUAUGGAAAUGACAUGGUCCUAUCAGAGCAACAGGUGUUAGAUUGGAAUGAGCGGUUGCUCAUAUGCCCCAAAGAUCAGAGAAAACUGGAUGUCUGGCCUCAAAAACUCGAAAGCUUCAGAGACGCGAACUGUCCCACCUCGCCUCCUCAGCUGCAUGCUCAUUCCAUGUAUACCAUGGACAGAGUCCAAGAAUCCUCAAGUUUGUCAUCCUUCUCCCAAAAUAUCCCAAAGUUGUCUGUUGAUGCUGACGAUCCGCCUCCUAGAUACUUCGUCAAGGGAGGCAGUGUUGGUCCGGUCGAAUCAUUUCCACUAGCUCAAAUACCAAUCGUUGAUCUGAGUCGACUUCUCUCGGUGUCCUCGACGUGUUCUGGGAAAGAACAAAAAGAUGAACUAGAAAAGCUAAGGUCUGCUCUCAGUGAAUGGGGUUGCUUCCAGGCAAUAGGACAUGGCAUUCCGACCUCGUUCUUGGAAAAGGUUCGUCUGAUGGCAAAGAAGUUCUUUGCACUUCCAGCAGAGGAGAAGCAAAAGUAUGCUCGAGAUCCUGCUGAUCUCGAAGGACAUGGGACUGACCCUAUACUUUCCGAUGAGCAAGUUCUUGACUGGUCUAAACGUUUAUUCCUCAACUUACUUCCACUAGAUUCGAGGAAACUCAAGCUUUGGCCAGAGACUCCAGAAGAAUUCAGAGAAGUUCAUGAUGUAUUUUUCAAAGAAGUGAAAUCAGUAAUAGAUCUUCUCCAGAAGGCCAUGGCCAGGUCCUUAGAUUUGGAAGAGAAUUGCUUCUCGAAGAAGUAUGGAGACCGAGCAUUCAUGGCGACAAGAUUUAACCAUUACCCUCCAUGCUCGAGACCUGAUUUAGUGCUUGGUGCAAAGGCUCACUCAGAUGGUUCAGGAAUUACGGUUCUUUUGCAAGACGAAGAAGUGGAAGGCCUUCAAGUUCUCAAAGACGAUCGAUGGUUCAAAGUUCCAAUAGUUCCUGAUGCAUUUGUUGUCAACAUAGGUGAUCAGAUGCAGAUAAUGAGUAAUGGGAUCUUCAAGAGUCCUUUGCAUAGAGUGACAGCGAAUUCACAGAGUGAAAGGCUAUCGGUGGCAGUGUUUUAUUUGCCUGAUACUGAAACUGAGAUCGAGCCAGAUGAAGGGUUGAUAAGUGAGGAAAGGCCACAAAUGUACAGGAAGCUCAAGAAUUAUGCAGCCAUCAACUUUGAGUGCUUCCAGAGUGAGAAAACAGCACUUGACACAGUCAGACUAUGA